UGUAUAGUACUGGACUGAUACCGGACAUGGUAUCAGAAGCAAAACGGUACCAGGUUAGGGUACCAGUACUGGGUUAGGGUACCAGUGCGCUCCCCAUUCCGGUACUGGACCAGUUCCGGUGUAGGUACCUUAUGUGCUCGCCCUGCAGGAUUGACUCGGGGACUCGCGACUUGAUGUCGUGUAAGAAUGCGAUUGGUCCGGACCAUUAGACCACAGGAAAUGACACACAUGCGCCUUAACAAUGUACGGAGUCUUCCCGAGUAAAGAACCAAGGAGGUCCGAACAAGUACGCAAAGAAUCACUACAGGGGGCUCAAUAUUCGCAAUCAGCCGCAAAAACCUUGACAACAAAAUAAUCCGAUGGAGGAGAAUCAUCACUGCAUAGGAAUCGUGUUUUAAUAGGGAGAAAUCAGGGUGGAAAUUUGUGCUAAAGUGGGAGCUAGCGAGUAGCAUGCUAGUUUGCUGUUGGUCCCACAUAAAAAAAAAAGUGAGUAAUUGCCUGUAAUUUUUUCAAAAUACGUCCUGGCAGUGUUGAACUUCGUUUUUUUCUUUCUUUUUUAUAAACUUUAUUGUAAACACCAGUUUUUCUGGACAGAAAAACGGUACAAAAUAGCUAAGUCCUUUGUCUCAGUGGUGUUACCGUCGUGUGAUGUCAUCACUAGUCCCAAGCCCCCGAUCUUGCAGGCCGAGCACAUGUGGUACCUACACCGGUUCCGGUUCACGCCUUGGAGGUUGGGUACCCGUGAUUUAACAGGAACAGCCAGCACAUCAACAAGAUGAUGAGCUGGUGACACCAAAAAGAUCAAAAAGUGAUGCAGAGGGUCCUUUACCAAACGUCAACAAGUGAAGAGCUGUUAGGGAGAAAGUGUUGCUCGAACACGACAUUUCUAUAAGUUUGUGUUUUUCCCUGAGGGACAUCAACCAAUCAAUACAACUGGCUCUAAAAUGAGAGUAAAAACCACAAAUUCUGAAAUGAAAACUCCAAAAUGUUGUAUUUAAAGUCAUUUUUGGACUAAUUGAAGCCUGUUUUCAUCCCGAUUCCAUCCUCCUCUUAUGAGGUGGAUUACCAGAACUCUCCACACAUCCACGUCUGGUCCGGUCUUCUGUCAGAUUUCAGAUCCCUUUGAGACCCACGAGUCUGAACAUUUGUCCACCGCUGUAGCAGAAUGUGUGAACUCCAUCAAACCUCCAAAACAACAUUCACAAGUGAAGUGUUUGCCUAAACAAUCCGAUGGAAGCACUAUCACUUUCUGGUGCUUAAAGGGUGUUGUCUGCAUACCAACUGUGUGCACAGGAGUGUUUUGACUUCACAAUCCAUAAGAUAACACGUCUCCUCUGCCAAGGGGGCUGUUUGAUUAUCACCCCUAGAAAAGGACUUUUCGUCACUCAAAGGUUUUCACAGCUCAAUUGGUUGUUUUCAGCUGCUUGUUUUUAUUUUUCGAUCGGUGUUUGUCUUGGAAUGGCUCGGCUCGGUUUGGCUCUGUGGCUGUUUCUGCUGAGAGAACAGGACAAAAGUGAGGAGUCCAAGAAAAUUACGCACAAGAAAAGUGGACUUUUGAUCAGUCAUAUAUAGUUUUUUGGGUGGGUGGGUGUGGGGGUGGGGGGUGAGGGUCCUCCCGCCUCACUCGUCACUAUGAACCCAGUGACGUCACUCCCGCCCUGUUUUAUAAAGCUGUCAACGCCUUUCUCUCACCUGGACAGACGCGCGCCAGGGGAGCUUUACGCACCUGCUUUAACCCCCCCCAUUCCACUCCAAUGAGAGCGCGCGCCGGAGUCUUUUAUGAAUCUGGCUAAUUACUCCUACUUCUCUGGCAUGUGCAACAUGACCGCAGAGCCGUCGCCCGCAGAGGCCAGUCCUGUCGGCAUGUCCCCGUGCGUCAGCCUGGACUCCCCGCUACCCGCGGGGCUCCAGGCUCGGCCCAAAGACGGGGUUCUGAUCAAGUCGGAGCCCCGGGGGGGCAGCCCGAGCGCGGAGGACGGUCAGACGGAGGAGCACCUGCCCUCGGGCAGCCGCCGCAGGAAGAGGCCCGUGCAGAGGGGCAAGCCGCCCUACAGCUACAUCGCGCUCAUCGCCAUGGCCAUCGCCAACUCCCCCGAGAGGAAGCUGACCCUGGGGGGCAUCUACAAGUUCAUCAUGGAGCGCUUUCCGUUCUACAGAGAGAACUCCAAGAAGUGGCAGAACUCCAUCCGCCACAACCUGACUCUCAACGACUGCUUCGUGAAGAUCCCCCGGGAGCCCGGCAGGCCCGGAAAGGGCAACUACUGGACCCUGGACCCCGCGGCCGAGGACAUGUUCGACAACGGCAGCUUUCUGAGGAGGAGGAAGCGCUUCAAACGCACGGACGUCAGCACAUACCCGGGAUACAUGCAGAACUCCAGCGCCUUCACCCCCACCCCGAUGGGCCGCCCGUCCUACCCGAACAGCCUUUACGCGGGGCUGGGUUCGGGUUACGGGUCGCAGCUGACGCCCGCAUCCCCGCAUCCGGCGAUGCUGCACCACUACCAGAGCCCCCCCGGGGUGGGCCAAGGUCAGCCGCGGAUGUUCAGCAUCGACAACAUCAUCAACCAGCAGACCUGCGCCCCCGACGCCCAGGCGCUGCCGGGUUUGGGCGACCUGAGCUGCUCCGGCACCGGGACCGGCACCGACCCGUCCGCCUGCUUCCAGACUCAACCCGGCAACCCGUCAGCCAACAUGCUGGGCAGGAACAGCGGGAACCUGCCCUCCAACCUGAGCGCCGCCGGGUACCAGUACUCCUCCGCCUCGGCCUCCCCCCCCAGCCUGCCCCCCAUGAGCCAGGCCGGCUUCUCCCCGGGGGGCUCCCCGGUGUACUGCUCGGGUAACCGGCUGUCCCUGCCCGCGCUGCGCCCCGCGUCCUGCGCCGAGCACACGGAGCAGCUGCUGGGCCUCCCCGGCUCCAUGAACUCCUACAACAGCAGCUACAUGCGCCAGGCCAACUUUGCGUCAGGACUGGAGCGCUACAUGUGAGGAUGCGGCUGCGCCAGAAGAGCCAAAGACCGGAACCGGCCCGGUUAUCAAGACGUGAUCCAUCAUCACCAAAUCUGAUCAUUUUAUAGGUUUACAUGUUUGUUGUUUAGGUGGAUGUUUUUUAUCUUUAGUCUAACUGUUGGUGUCAAGAUUUUUGUUAAAAAUACUCGUU